UCUCCUCUCUCUCUUAAAUCUAUUCUCUCUCUAAAAUCCUGCAUUUCUCUCUCUAAACCCUUUCUCUCUCAUCAAAUUUUCCCAUGAAUUUUCUGAUAUGGAAAAGUAUCCCCUCUCUCUUAAAUCUUUCUCUAAAACCCUUUCUCUCUCAUCAAAUUUUCCCAUGAAUUUUCUGAUAUGGAAAAGUAUCCUCUCUCUUAAAUCUCUCUCUAAAACCCUUUCUCUCUCAUCAAAUUUUCCCCAUGAAUUUUCUGAUAUGGAAAAGUAUCCCCUAUCUCUCUCUCUCUAAAACCCUCUCUCUCAUCAAAUUUUCCCCAUGAAUUUUCUGAUAUGGAAAAGUAUCCUCUCUCUGUAAAACUCUGUUCUAUCUCACUUUUUUCCCCAUUUAAAUUUCUGAAAUCUAGCUCACUCACUCCUUUGACUCUCUCUCUCUUUCUCUAAAGUCUAAAACCCUUUCUAGUCUCUCCCGACCCUUUUUACUCCAUUAAUUUUCUGAAAUCUAUACCCUCCUCUCUCUCUCUCUCUCUAUCUCAAAUGAUCAUCUCCUCGGUUUUUCUGCGAUAACUCAUCGAUCAAUCAAAAAAUAAUCACGCUGAUUAAUCGCUGUUUCCUCUUCCACUGGGCUAUCUUUUCGCUGUAAUUUGAGUGUCUAUCUUUGCGGAAGGGAUUAAUCGCGAACAGAAUCGCCGAUUGAGGUUUUGGGUUAAAAUACGAGGUGGGUUUUCUUGAAAGUCGGGAAGGUUUUGGAAGCUUUUUCAGCUACUGGUUCGCGUGAAGGAUUAUGGAGGGCUGAAGUGUAAUACUCUACAUGAACUCCACAAGAAAGGGUCUAGAAAGCUUCCAUAGAAGAAGAAAUGAGGAAGCUUUUCUCCUUUAGGUCAUCCUCUUUAGCAAAUGGUGGUUCCGACAAUAUUAAUUCUCAGACACCCACUGAAGAGAAGGUGUAUUGGGAGUCCCCUUCUCGAGUUGGCGAUAAAAAUGAAGUGGUCAGAGCUCAGGACUUUGAAAGCCCCAAAGCCUCUUUGUUUGAAUCAGGAAGGCAAUUCGUAGAAAAUGGAGACUCAGCUACUUCAAGUCACAGGAGGAGCCUUUCUUCUUCUUCCAUCAUGUUUAAUGGCUUGAGAGAAAGGUGCUUGAGCCCUUAUAAUGACCAUAUUGGCAAAUACUCAGGUGGAAAAGUAGAUGUCUCAGUUCAGGGGGAUGAAUACUCCAUCCAUUCAGUAACACCCGAAGGGAAGUCUCAUAAGAGAAGAAGCGGAGGGAGUCAGAAAAGUCAUGCAACAGAGAAGCUAGAGUCUUCUUGCUCAUCCAGAAGCCAUCCUGAUUCAUCAGGAACUUCACCUUACCUCUCUCCUGUCCCUCUUAGAUGCAGAUCUGCACGCUUAACACAGGCCACUGAUAAAGUCCUGGACCUCUACAUUGAUGGAGAAUAUCAGGACAGGAAGUUGAAGCCCAUGAAUGACUUUCCAGUUCCUAAAUCAAGUAGGCCACCACGGUCACAGUCUUCAGCACCGAUUUCACCUGUGAGUAAGGAGCUUCCUAAAUCUCUUUCAUUUAGGGAACCAAGGGGAUCACCAUUAAACUUUUCAAGCCUGGAUUUUAAAGCAGAUGAUGUUUUGCAUUUGAGAAGGUCAGGUGCUGUUAGGCCUUCCUCAAAGAAUAGUUUUGCCAAAAAUGUUGCUGAGAGACUCUAUAAGGUAUUACCUGGAAAAUCUAGCUCAAAAUCCCGGGAAUAUGACCGAGAAACCAGUUCUACGGUGGAGGAUAUAUUUGAGGACUACUCAGAGUCUCUACGUGCUUCAGGUUUCGAUGCCAAAGCACCACAAAAUGGCACCUCUGAGUAUAUUUAUUCUGGAAAUAUUCACACUUUUUGCUCAGAGGAAGUCGCAAGUUCUCAUGAAGAUGACGAAGAUAGGAUUUUGAAAUGGCUUUCAAGGCAUGAUAAUCUUUAUGACCCAGAUGAUGUUUUGCUUAGAAAAGGCAAGGAGGCAGAGGAGAGGGUGAGGUUGUUAUCAAAAGAGUCUGAGCAUUUGUCAUAUAAGAAUAAUGACCUUACUGUAGUGGCUUUGCUUAAGACCAUUAGGCAGAUCACUGAAGAUAGGAGAAACCUGGCCAUUGAAGUUGCAGCACAAAUACAUGGUCGGCUGGCAGAGAGGGCCUCUGCAAAUCAGGCACUUAAGCAGGCCAAGGUAGAGUUGGAUUCGAGAACGAGGAGACUAGAGAAAGAGAAGAAUGAGUUGCAAAUGGGUUUAGAGAGAGAGCUAGAUAGAAGGUCGACUGAUUGGUCCUCUAAGUUAGAGAAGUACAAAACUGAAGAAAAGAGGCUUAGAGAGAGAUUAAGUGAUCUAGCAGAGCAAAAUGUAUCUCUACAGAGAGAAGUUCUCUCGCAGAGCAGCAGAGAGUCGGAGAGCAAAAAGCGAAUCAUAAAUUCAGAAAUACAAUUGAAUGAGUUUGUUACGAGAUUGGAGGAGGCAAAUGUGGAGAUUACGCAUCUCCAACAAGCUCUGACGGAGGCACAAGCAUGUUUAAAACAAGCCGAAGAAGAUCGGGACUUCAUCAAAAGAAGUUUUGCAAAGAAAGAAAGAGAAGUUAAGGACUUGCAGAAAGCAGUUAUCAGGUUGCAGAGGCUUUCCAAUGAGCAAGAGAAGUCAAUCAGUGGGUUGAGGCAGGGACUGAGUGAUGAGUUGGGAAAGGACUCAUUAGAGAGAGAAAGUAAUGUGAAAAAUUUGCUCCAUGAGCUGGCCAGAUUAACUGGGAUGGAGCAAAGCCUAAGAAGGCAGCUAGAGUCCUGUAGAAUUGAGGUGGAAUCUCUUAGGCAAGAGAACAUUGCUCUCUUGGAGAGGCUCCAAGACCAACAGAAUGGUGGGUGGUACUCUCUCUUCAAGCUAGACAGGGAAUUGCAUUCUAGAGUUGAUGCUUUGCAAAAUCAGGGGCUUUUGAUGUUGAAAGAGACUAUUGGUAUUUGUAGCAAAUUGCUCGAAUUCACCAGAAGCAAGCACUGUCAUUUCUCUAGGAUUGCUGGCUCAGAGGAUGGCCGUCAAUUAGAUGAUGGUGGGGAUGAUGGGGUAAAUGACUACCAAUUCCUUGAGUUUGAUAUAAAAGUACAGAGUUUUAAAAGAGAGACUGAAAAUUUUGGCAGGAGCUUACAGAUGGUUUCUGGCAUUUUGCAAGAUGUACCUGGAUUGUUGUCUUUUGAUUCUCAGAGCUCAGAGAAUGGUGAUCCGGAGAAGCUAAAUCAUCAUAAUUUUGUAGCCGAAGUGGAUGUCGAACUGAAGGCUGAAACUCUUCUUAAUAGAGCUUUAAGAGAGAAGCUUUGUUCUAAAGAGAUAGAACUGGAGCAGCUUCAAGAGGAGCUCUCAACAUCUGUGAGGCUUCAGGAGAUUCUCAAAUGUGAAGUUCAGAGGGCACAAGAUGCAGUAUCAUGUUUGACCCACAAGUUGAAAGAGCUUGAACUUCAGAUAGGGAGAAAGGAUGAAGCAGCAGACAAGCUCAGUUUUGAGCUUCAAGAUUGCAUGAAAGGCUUGAGCAUUGUGAAUGGGAUACUAGCAAAGGUUACAGAAGAGAAAGAUUUGAUGUUGAAGGACUUUGAGCAGUACAAAGAGAAGAACUUUCUGCUAAAUUCUGAAGUGGGUUCGCUAAAAAAGAAGAUCGAAGCUCUGGAGGAGGAUGUCUAUUAUAAGGAUGGUCAGAUAACUAUCUUAAAAGACGACAUUCGCAAACUACGACAUGAAAUUCUCUACCUUCCUGAUGGUGUGGAAGAUUCCAUUCUCGAAAAUUGGCACAAGAGUCCUGAACUUCUUUAAAUCAACUUUGUUUCAUAUUUUCUUUCUGGCUUUUUUUUUGCUUUUUAUAUUUUUCUUGCUUUCUUCACAUUUGCUGCUUUCUUUGAGUCUUCUCUGUUUCUGUUUUUGUGUCCCAGGGGUGGGUGUACAUAAUAUCUUGAUUCUUUUUAGAAUAAACUCCUUUUUUUUUUUUUUGUAUUUUCCAAGUGGCGUUUCAGUUUGGGAGGUCUCUCCCUCUCUCUCUUUGCAAGAUAAAUUUAGUAGAGAGUUUGGUGUUUCUUGUCAAUGAAAAUUUGACAUUUUACAGCAAUUUGUGUCCAUUAUUAGAGUUUCCUUCAAUAACAUGGUCUCUUCAAAGAUUUUUUA